CCAUGGCUAGCUCCAAAAUUCUUGGAACUUUUUUCCAUCACCCACACCUAAAUUCAAAACCCAAAUGUUUCCCUACUAGUGCAACUUUAACGCAACAAUGUCAUCAAAGCCAUGAAAGUAAAAAAAAUAAAAAUAAAAUGUCUACACAUGGAAUCAAACCAGAAUGCCAUCAUCACCAAGCUCACGAUGGAAGAAGAAUUUGUGUUACACAACAAUACGCUAUGCGCAAGUUAGCACCCUCUGGCCCCAUCACACGUAAUAUAACCACACUCAAGAUAACGCUAUGACCUCUUUCUCUUUCUCUCACUACUCUUACUCUGUCACCACCUUCCUUCUUCCCUCUUCCUUUCUCUCACUAAAAAUUUCUCCUAUUACAAUUUUUUUUUGUUCAGUUUCAUAAAAUACAAAAAUGUUUACAUUUCUCUGAGAAUACUUUCCAGAUAAAUAAAUAAAAAAUAAUGUUUACGUUUUUUCUCUUGUAAGAAAUUCUCUCUGUCUUCUGAAGCAGUUGGUGAGAGAGAGAGAGAGAGAGAGCUUACACCGAAGAACAGAUCCCUAUUUCUUCACCUCUCUCUGCUUAUUCGAUCUUCGAAAUCAGGUUUUCUGACAUUCUCGUUUUCAAUUCCUAACUUUCUCUGACCCUUUUCAAACUUCUCUUCGUUUAUCCGCUCAAAAAUUUAACUUGCUUCUCGCUCCCUCGAUUGCUCUGUUUCUUGUUAACUCAAUUUGCGAUUAGGGUUUAUGAGCUGCGUAUGGUGUUUGGCUUCAAGACUCAAAAUUACCUUUCUCGGGUUGUUUAACCUUCGAUUUUAACGCGACCCGUUACUUCAAUUUGCGAUUUUUGUAAGAUUGAAUAGAGGAAUGAUUAUCAAGCGGAACUUGAAAUCUCAAAUGCCGAGGUUGAAACGGUGCAAAAACGCUGACUCAGUGGGUGAAGACGACGAGUGUUCUUAUGUUCGUAAGAAGAGAAAGACGAGCGGUUCUUAUUAUCCUCUGAAUCUUCUAGGAGAUGUCGCCGCCGGAUUAAUUCCGGUGAGUUUUCACGGUCUUCUUAGUGCAGGUUUAUCGGAGAAGGGAUUCUCUGCGUCGUGGUGCACCCAAGUUCCGUGCUCCCCCGGUGAAGUUGAAUCGAACUCGAAGGAAGAAAUGGUUCCAGUGAAGAAAAACCAAGUUCAGCGACCACCACUUGUUCGAACUUCCAGAGGGAGAGUUCAGGUUCUUCCUUCUCGUUUUAAUGACUCUGUUAUUGAUAAUUGGAAGAAAGAUAGUAGAACCAGCUUGCGUAAUAAUCAUGUUGAAGAUGAAUUUGAAUGCAAGAAGGAUAGGGUGGUACCUAGAACUUGCCACAACAAUGGUAAAAAAGGGCGAAACCAUGAGAAAAUCGGUUAUAAACCACGCAAGUAUUCGGCAUUGUGUGGCAGGGAUGAUGAGGAUAAUGAUGAUGAUGUGAGGUUUAAGAGUUUUGGUACAAGGAAGGAUGAGAGAAGUAGUUACUUGGAGGUGGAUGGAGAUGAAGUUGAUUUGAUGGGUACCAGUGAUAAAGUAUUGAAGGAGAAUGGAGAGAAGAAAGAUGGGUUAUAUGGACCAGAAGAUUUUUAUGCAGGUGAUAUAGUGUGGGCCAAAGCUGGGAGGAAGGAACCUUUUUGGCCAGCUGUUGUUAUUGAUCCUACAAAACAAGCACCUGAGCUUGUCCUGAGGUCUUUUAUAGCUGAUGCUGCGUGUGUCAUGUUUCUUGGCUAUGCGGGGAAUGAAAAUCAAAGGGACUAUGCAUGGGUGAAGCAUGGCAUGAUCUUUCCAUAUACGGAUUAUGUGGACAGGUUUCAAGAGCAACCUGAAUUGAGUAACUAUAAUCCCUCUGAGUUUCAAAUGGCAAUAGAGGAGGCUUUUUUGGCAGACCAAGGCUUCACAGAGAAGUUGAUGGAUGAUAUAAAUGCAGCAGCUGGUAACACUGGUUAUGAUGAUAUUAUUCUGAAAUCCUCCUUCAAGGAGGUCAAUGGUUCAAACCGGUAUGCAGGAGCAGGACAACAUCUUGUUAAUCAGGAUUUAUUUGAUAAGAAAGACACAUGUGAAGCCUGUGGAUUGGAUCUUUCUUACAAGAUGUCAAAGAAAACCAAGGGUUUGACUCCUAAUGGUCAAUUCUUAUGUAAAACAUGUGCAAGGUUAACGAAAUCAAAACAUUAUUGUGGCAUAUGCAAGAAAGUUUGGAACCAUUCGGAUAGUGGAAGCUGGGUGCGCUGUGAUGGAUGUAAAGUGUGGGUGCAUGCCGAAUGCGACAAAAUUUCUAGAAACCAUUUCAAGGAUCUUGAAGGCACCGAUUAUUACUGCCCUACUUGCAGAGCCAAGUUUGACUUUGAGUUAUCUGAUUCAGAAAAAUCAAAGCCAAAAGUGAAAUUGAACAGAAACAAUGGCCAACUAGUACUUUCAAAUAAGGUCACUGUUCUCUGCAAUGGUGUGGAAGGCAUAUAUUUUCCAAGCCUUCACUUAGUUGUGUGCAAGUGUGGUUUUUGCGGGAAAGAAAAGCAAGCGCUUAGCGAAUGGGAACGACACACAGGUUCCAAAUUAAGAGAUUGGAAAACAAGUAUCAGCGUGAAAGACUCUAGGCUAUCUCUGGAACAAUGGAUGCUGCAGGUAGCAGAAUUUCAUGCUAAUGCUCAAGUUUCUUCAAAACCUAAAAAACCAUCCUUAAAGGAAAGGAAGCAGAAGUUGCUUGCUUUCUUGAAAGAGAGGUAUGAACCUGUUUAUGCUAAGUGGACUACGGAGCGUUGUGCUGUUUGUAGAUGGGUUGAAGACUGGGAUUACAAUAAAAUUAUCAUUUGCAACAGAUGUCAAAUAGCCGUUCACCAAGAAUGCUAUGGAGCAAGAAAUGUUCGAGACUUUACAUCUUGGGUCUGUAAGGCCUGUGAAACACCUGAGAUCAAGCGGGAGUGUUGUCUUUGUCCCGUAAAAGGUGGUGCUCUAAAGCCAACUGAUAUUGACACAUUAUGGGUUCAUGUCACCUGUGCUUGGUUUCGACCUGAAGUCUCGUUCGCUAGUGAUGAGAAGAUGGAACCUGCUUUGGGUAUUCUUAGUAUUCCAUCAAAUUCUUUUGUGAAGAUUUGUGUUAUUUGCAAACAAAUCCAUGGUUCGUGCACACAGUGUUGCAGAUGUUCCACUUAUUACCAUGCCAUGUGUGCAUCAAGAGCUGGUUACCGAAUGGAGUUGCAUAGUUUUAAGAAAUAUGGAAAGCAGACAACAAAAAUGGUUUCGUAUUGUGCUUACCACAGAGCUCCAAAUCCAGACACUGUUUUGAUUUUGCAAACCCCUCUUGGGGUCAUUUCAACAAAAAGCCUUCUCCAAAAGAGAAAAGCUGGGUCAAGGUUAAUCUCAUCUAGCAGAAUAAAGGAAGAAGACACUCCUAAUGAUAUUGCCGAGAAUGACCCGUUCUCUGCUGCUAGGUGUCGUAUCUUUAAAAGAACAAAUCAUACCAAAAAGAGAGAAGUAAAUGAAGCUGUUUUUCAUCAAGUGAGGGGUCACUGCCACCAUCCCUUAGAUGCAAUACAGAGUUUAAAUACAUACAGAGCAGUAGAGGAGCCUCAGACGUUCUCUUCUUUCAGAGAACGCCUUUACCACUUGCAGAGAACCGAAAAUGAAAGGGUUUGCUUUGGUAGAUCUGGCAUACAUGGAUGGGGUUUAUUUGCACGAAGGAAUAUUCAAGAAGGAGAAAUGGUUCUUGAAUAUCGUGGCGAACAAGUGAGACGCAGCAUCGCUGAUCUGAGGGAGGCACGCUAUAGAGCAGAAGGGAAAGAUUGCUACCUGUUUAAGAUAAGUGAAGAAGUGGUGGUAGAUGCCACUGAUAAAGGGAAUAUAGCACGACUAAUAAAUCAUUCUUGUAUGCCAAAUUGCUAUGCAAGGAUCAUGAGUGUUGGUGAUGACGAGAGCCGGAUUGUACUCAUCGCUAAGGCUAAUGUAUCUGCUGGUGAUGAGCUAACAUAUGACUACUUAUUCGAUCCUGAUGAGCCAGAUGAAUUUAAAGUCCCCUGCCUGUGUAAAGCGCCAAAUUGCCGGAAAUUCAUGAACUAGGAAGGAUUAUUAUACAAUAUUACAAAUGAAAUGAAGAUGAUCAUAGGAAAAGAUUGUUUAUUCUCCUUAAGGAGCAAGCACUAACCCAUCCCUUCUUCAACAGGGAAAAUCUCACAUUUAUUAAACCAAAGCUGUAGUCUUUAUCAUCAAACCGAAAGAACAAGAAAAAAUAGAAAGCAAAAAACAGAAGAGAAAACAAUCAUAGUUUUGUGUCUCCUUUGAACAGGUCUAAUAAAAGCUAUUGAUUAAGAUUUUUAGCAGUA